AUGGCUUCAAAAGGCCUCAGCGAACUGGCAACUGCCUUCCGCCGCCUCCAUCGCCCAGGCAGUCCUCUCGUCCUGGCCAACGUAUACGACGUCGUCUCGGCCAAGGCAGUUGCCCCCCUACCAUCCUGCCAGGCUCUGGCGACCGCCUCCUAUGCCGUUGCCCUCGCGGCCGGCACGAGCGACGAUGACUUGACCCUGGAACAAAACCUGGCCGCUGCACGGCUGAUCGGCAAGGUGGCCGCGGAGCACAACAAGCCCCUCACUGUAGACCUGCAGGACGGAUAUGGAAACAAGCUUGAGGAGGCCGUGCGCCUGGCCAUCAUCGACGCCGGUGCCGUGGGCAUCAAUCUCGAAGACUACGACAGGGAGAGGAAAAGGUUCUACACUGUCGACGAGGCCGCGGCGCGGGUGAAAGCCGCCGUCGAAAUCGGCGCCAAACAGGGACUGCCAGAUUUCGUCGUCAAUGCUAGAUGUGACACGCUCGUCCAAGGCGGCGAUAUCGAUGAAGCAGUGGAAAGAGGCCGAAAGUACCUGGCCGCCGGGGCCACGACCGUGUUUGUGUGGGGAGGUGGCAAGCGAGGAGGCAUCAGUCGAGCGGAAGUGGAGAAGCUGGUCACGGCGUUUGGCGGUCGUUUGAAUGUCUCUUUGAAGUGGCCCUCCGGUGGGUUGACUAUCUCUGAGCUGGCGGGCAUAGGAGUUGCUCGGAUCAGUGUUGGUCCUACUAUCAUGCUUCUCGCCAUGGCUGAGUAUGAGCGGCAAGCAAAGCAGUUGCUGGGAUAA